ACGGGACACGGAGGUGGACAUCGUGUUCAUGUUUGAGGAAGGACUCGCCUUUAUCCAAGUAACCAGUGAAAAUACGACGUAACUGCAGUCCCAGUGUUUCGCCAGCUUACAGUGUUUGUUUUUGGAGCGGCUGUUAUCCAGUAUUUUCUCUUCAGACUGGGACAUAUGCUGACCUUUUGGAUUAUAUUCAGCUUUGAGGACUACUGCUGGACAGUUGGAUCAAAUUUUCCAAGCAAUUAAUUGUUCCUCAUGAGGAAAGAUGGGGAAUGGACUGUCAGAACAACCUAGCCUCCUCUCAAGCAUCCCUUUCUUGCAGUCUUUUCACAUCGCUAUUCUUGGACUGGACUCUGCGGGAAAGACCACAGUCUUGUACAGGUUGCAGUUCAACGAGUUUGUGAACACGGUGCCCACCAAAGGUUUCAAUGCAGAGAAAGUCAAAGUGUCAUUAAGUGGACACAGGAUGGUGACAUUCCACUUCUGGGAUGUUGGUGGCCAGGAGAAACUACGCCCACUGUGGAAGUCUUACACACGAUGCACUGAUGGCAUCAUCUUUGUGGUGGACUCUGUAGAUGCUGAACGUAUGGAAGAAGCCAAGACUGAGCUCCAUAAAAUUGCCAAGACUUCUGAGAACCAGGGAGUUCCCCUUCUGGUUGUGGCCAACAAACAAGACUUGAGACAUUCUUUGGGACUGGCUGAAAUUGAGAAAUUACUGACGUUAAAAGAACUGGGUCCAGCAACCCCCUGGCACCUGCAGCCAGCAUGUGCCAUCAUAGGAGAUGGACUCAGGGAGGGCCUGGAGAGACUCCAUGACAUGAUUCUGAAAAGGAGAAGAGUGCUCCGCCAGCAAAAGAAAAAGAGAUAAAUUUGUUACAAGAAAGUCUGGUUAGUUGUUUUAUGUGAAGGAAAUGUAAACCAUGUUUUACCUGGAUGGAUGCAAUUGUCCACUGCUGGCCUAGAUUCCAUAUGGUGAGCUCCACCAGUCAAACAUUAAGCUUAGGAUAACCAGCCUUGGUCUUGUGGUGUUGAUCAGAAAGUGAUGUAAAGGGAAACUGCAUGAAGAUGAGAAAGUUAGAGAUAAGUGUGGAUAUACAGAGCUUAUUUGGUUCAAAUGUUCCUGAAGGUGUGCGGAAUGGAAGGGUGAUAAGUAGCUUUGAAGAUUGCAUAUGAUUCGUGAAUGGAUAAAGGCUGGAUUUAAAUAAUGUCACCAAAAAUAAUUUAAGAUUAUGACUAGUUUAAGGAUCAGUACAUAAAUGAGUGUCCAUUGUUUUAUUAAUGGAGCAGUUAAAUGUAAAUAUUCCCUGUUUAUAUGUUGAAAUGUUAUGACACUGGACUUUCUUUAAGAAAAGUAUUAUGCAUUAUCACAUUAUUAUUAGUGAUUGUUUGCUGUCUUCUAUCUCAACUUUAUUUUUCAUAAGCACUUUAGAUGAUCACUUCUUACAGAGUUUACAGUUUUUUUUUUGUUUUUUUUUUAAACUAGAGAUUGGCUACAUGAAGUAGACACCACUGUAGCUGGCAACAUUGUUGUUGGCCACAUUAUCAUUAGGCAGAUUAUGCUUCAUCUUUUGCUCAAUAAAACAUUUAGAGCAAUGCU